ACACUGCCGGCCACCUCCCCCGGCCCGCCAGUCGUCUGGUAGACAUCAUAGGGACCGGUCACGCCGUCUCCGUGGCUCGCGAGUGACUGGGCUUGUGUGUGUGGGCCCACCGACAUUAAUGCCGCCCUACAAUAUACAGAAGCGGGAUUCGCUUAAGCUUGAAACCGUGAGUGACAUGGAGGCCGAGGGACUCCGCAGCAACCUGUCCCACCAGGAACUGAUCCCCGAGGGGCCGACGGUGGUGGUAGUGACCACCAUCACCCCUGACCCCGAGGGUCACGCCCCCAGGGUCACUAAAGGACAGGCCGUCACCGUCGCUAUUCUCUGCUUCGUUAACCUCAUCAAUUAUAUGGACCGCUUCACUAUAGCAGGAAUUCUGUUCGACAUCCAGAAGACCUUCGGGAUCAGCGACUCUCAGUCCGGGCUGCUGCAGACGGCAUUUGUCUUGGUGUAUAUGGUGAUGGCGCCUCUCUUCGGCUUCCUCGGUGACAGGUUCUCCAGGAAAUACCUCAUGGCCGUAGGCCUCUUCUUCUGGAGUAUAGCCACCGUUCUCGGCUCGUUAAUGAAGAACUAUGAAUUGUUCCUGUUAUUCCGGUGUUUAGUAGGGGUUGGGGAGGCAAGUUACUCGACCAUUGCUCCCACCAUUAUCUCCGAUAUGUUUGUGAGUGAUUUGCGCUCCAAGAUGCUGGCCGUCUUCUACUUUGCUAUCCCUGUUGGCAGUGGCCUUGGUUAUAUUAUUGGCGCAGAAGUAAAAAAUCUGGUUGAAAACGCUGGAGGGGAUUCCGAGGCGUGGCGCUGGGGGCUGCGUGUGACUCCGGUGAUGGGUCUUGUGGCACUGUUGCUCAUCGUGUUUGUGCUGCGGGAACCUCCGCGGGGAGAGAGUGAAGGAGGCCAGCAUCUGCAACCUACUUCAUUUGGCAGUGACCUCAAAUACCUCUUUACCAACAAAAGCUUCAUCCUCUCGACGCUUGCCUUCACCUGUGUUACCUUUGUGGCUGGAGCACUGGCCUGGUGGGGACCUCUCUUCACUCAACUGGGUGUCAAGAUUCAGGACCAUCCAAGUGUUAAUCCUGACGAUGUUGCGUUUGCUUUUGGAGCUAUUGCCAUGUCAGCUGGUCUGAUUGGUGUGCCGCUUGGCUCCUUUGCUGGACAGAAACUAAGAGUCAGAUUACCUUAUGCAGAUCCUCUGGUGUGUGGCGUAGGAUUGCUGUUUUCCGUGCCGUUAAUCCUCGGCGCAAUGAUUCUGGCAGAAUUUCACACCAUCGCCUCUUACAUUGUAGUAUUCUUCGGUCAAAUCUUCCUCAAUCUUAAUUGGGCUGUCGUAUCUGAUAUUGUCUUGUAUAUUGUCAUUCCUACAAGACGGUCGUCAGCAGAAGCCUUCCAAAUCCUGUUUUCCCAUGCUCUUGGUGAUGCUGGGAGUCCGUACCUUAUUGGUGUGGUGGCCGAUGCAUUCAAGCCAUACAUUCAUGAUCGAAAUAUGACCACUACUGUUGCUCCAUUCACAACAACAACAGAACCGACUUUCUUCAAUGCUACAAGUACAACAAAUACACCAAUUGAUGACAUGGAUAGCUUAUAUGUUGAAUUUAAGUCCAAGCAAUAUGCGAUGUUCCUGUGUGCAAUCAUCAAUAUCCUGGGUGCCGUAUUCUUCUUCUGGAAUUCUUGUUACAUAGCUGCUGACAAGGAGAGAUGUGAUCGUGCUAUUGCAGAAUUCAAGUGUUAUGCUCACUUAGAAGAAUCUGUUGCACUUCGCAAAGGCGAGGCGGACGACCAGGAGAGCACCAGCAGUAACCGCAGUUUGUCUACUCCCGACGAUCCAGAAGUUGAGCAAACUCAGAACCUGCUCACUUGAAUGGGGGUUAUUGUCAAUAGUCCCUGGAGUUACGAGUCCUUAAGUUUGUGAGAGUUAAGCUUGGCUUGGCAUUCAGUGACCUUGAAUGUUGUGCCUGUAACAUGUAAAAUGAGUGCGCUGCUUGUUCGAAGAAAACAGUGCUGUGGAAUAGUGUUUAUAAGUGUUGUGUGGCUCUCAAGUUCACAUUGUAAAAGUUGACUCUUGCUUCAGAUUUAGAGAGACUGGGUGAGAUUUAACUUGAAUUUAAAAUAUAGCAAGAUUAGUUUACAGCUUCUAAAGAAAAUACCACCUUUCAUAAAAGUUGACAGGAAUAUUUAAGGUAAUAGUUGAAUGGUGCAUUUUUUACAUUAUUUUUUUUAAUGCAGUUUAAAUAUUUAAUAGUGUUAGCAAGCGGCAUAGAUCAUUCAUACAAGAUUUUAUAUCUUAAAACUUAAAAACUUGUGAAUUUUUGGGGGGUUCCUGAGUCAGGCCGAGGCUUGACUUUCUUGGGAUUGUGAUAAUAUAUUAAGACUCAAGGAAACAUCACUGGAUAUAAAAAAAAAUGUGCCUCCAAGUGCCAAUUAUAUUGUUAUAAGUUUCCACCAACAUGGUGAACGUUACAAAGCUUGCACACCUCGUGGUCCGUGUCACUGAAGAAUAUUGUGGCUGUGAAUUCCUUGCAAAUCUGUUUUGUUCUGUAAUUCACUUGAUUCAAAGCAUUAUGUGCAAUUGAAAAAGUUCAUUGUGAGGUACAGAUGACGUUUAGUGAAGUUCCUAGAUCUAUGAGCAAAAUGGCAAUGUGCUAUUAAUAUAAACUUAAUGGAAAAUAUUGUUUCAAGUGCUUUAUCAUGUUCAAGAAGAUUAAAGAAAUUGAAAAGGAUUUCAUAUUCUAGAGAAUCUAAGUGCUCGUUGCUGGUUUCUUAAGAUUCGUGCAACAGUUUUUAAUAUGUUCAACUGUGGCACAUUACUUGUUGCCAUGACCAAAUAUAAUGAUAAAUUAUUGAUAAUGCAGAAAAAAAGAGGAUCAUGUGCUGAAUCUCUGGUCAUCCGGCCAGGAGAGACAAGUUAGUGGUGGGUGGCGCACUGUGCAGUACUCGGACAUCUCGACUUAAGUCUUUUUGUACUGUGCGUGUUGUGUUAAAAGAUUCUCACUUUUGAUAUCUUUUCAUAAAAGAUAUAAGAAAUCUUGAUUCUUAGCAGGAUCAAUUGAAGUAUUGGAGAUGUGAAUAUAGAUAUAUGUUUAUACUUUGGGAUACUGUCUAUAAUUCCAGUACAGGCUGUACUGGAAUUUUAAAAGCCUUUUAAUAUUUUUAUUUUUAAAAUUACUUUAAAAAGAUUUUAAAGUAAUUUUUUUUUUAAGUAGACUAAAUUUGUUUUGGGUUUGAGGCAAUUAUUGCAAGACUCGAGGAAGGAGGAGACCACGGUACAAGUGUUGGUUUAUUGCCUAACUGUCCUCGUGCCCAGUUGUGUGGGACGUGAUCACUGCAUCAUAGUUACAUGCAACUGUACAAUUUUCUCUAUGAAGGAUGGCCACCAAACACAAGUCAUAACACAUUUUAUUAAAAGCUUACGAUUUUCGUCAGAUGUAUGAAAAUUGGCAGUGGCAUUAUUUUGCAUACCUGAACUUUUAAGGUGUUGAUUCCUGAGCAUUUGGUGAAGCUGGGCAUUGGCUGUUAGCCGUAUUUGGUGAACCGGCGUCGGCUUGGUAGUUCUCGGUGGCACAGUUUGUAAUCUCUCUAAUUGGUAAUUAAACCAUUCUAAGAGUACCAAGAGAAAGGGCUUCAUGAUUUCAAACGAAUUCCUUCUGUGGUAUGAGUUUUCUGUUACUGUCUGAAAGUUCUUUUCAGUAAGGGAUUUAUUUUGUUUUAGUUUUUAUUUUAAUUAUGAGGACAACUUAUAAAUAUUUUAAGAUCUGCAAAUCUUUGAAAAUUAUUGGUCAUACAUGUGUUACAAAGUGACCUAGGCCUAUUUGAUUGGCCUUGGCAAUUGAAACUUGAUUUAUGUUUUUCUUUAAUUUUAAAUUAAAGUAUAUGGAUUUAGUUCAAAGUACAUAACAAACUGCAGUUGUGUGCAUUAGCUUCGUAAUAAUUUUCAGGUCAUUUGAAAAAAAACAAAUUGUUAAUCCAACGUUUGCAUUUUGACCAAAAUCCUUAACCAUAAACUAUACCCAAUGAAUGCUUUUAUAGCAUGUUAAGUAAGCGAUGCUCCCAGACACUUGGGACCAUUUGUGUGAUGGUAGCGUCUACGAGCUCCACUACACCGGUACUAAUAUCACUGAUGUUCCAGGGGUAUUUAUUAACAUUAAUAACAUUGUUCGCUAACAAUGAAUGAAUUACGAAUCGAUGGUAAGAACACACACAAAUCACAAUAACGUGAUGCAUCAAUGAACAAACAAGUCGAUUAAGGCAGCGUCUGGGAUGAUCUUGGCCGUAGGUUUGAACUCUUGUCACAACCCUUGUGGAUUUGUUUAUGGCAAGAAUGUUGGCAGUGUUUUAAUCGAACUUAUUAAUGUUGUGUUUUCCUUUCCAAUCAACUGUAACAUCUUUGAUUUGAUCCUGAGGGACGUGAGGAAGCGUUUCGUACUAUUCACAAUGCCAGUGAACAGACUUACGGGUUUAAAAGUCUAACUGUGUUGUGUACAGUUCUUGACUGUAGGAAAUGAAGCAUCAUAUGGUAUGAUUACUUUUAUUAGUACAAUUCAUAUUUACAAGAGAAUUACUUGAAAUAUAGAAAACUAACACCAAGUGUAGACAUUUCUUAUUUUUGAUGACGGUAUUGAGUGCCAUUUUGGUGCCCAGUUCUCAUAACUUGAGUAAUACUCAUGUGAUGAUGUCUGGGGCAAGUCUUGGCACUUAUCAGGCCAGAAACCUUAUACUGUAGCAGGAGGGUAACCUUAUACUGUAGCAGGAGGGUAACCUUAUACUGUAGCAGGAGGAGGGUAACCUUAUACUGUAGCAGGAGGAGGGUAACCUUAUACUGUAGCAGGAGGGUAACCUUAUACUGUAGCAGGAGGGUAACCUUAUACUGUAGCAGGAGGAGGGUAACCUUAUACUGUAGCAGGAGGGUAACCUUAUACUGUAGCAGGAGGGUAACCUUAUACUGUAGCAGGAGGAGGGUAACCUUAUACUGUAGCAGGAGGAGGGUAACCUUAUACUGUAGCAGGAGGGUAACCUUAUACUGUAGCAGGAGGGUAACCUUAUACUGUAGCAGGAGGGUAACCUUAUACUGUAGCAGGAGGGUAACCUUAUACUGUAGCAGGAGGGUAACCUUAUACUGUAGCAGGAGGGUAACCUUAUACUGUAGUAGGAGGAGGGUAACCUUAUACUGUAGCAGGAGGGUAACCUUAUACUGUAGCAGGGGGAGGGUAACCUUAUACUGUAGCAGGAGGGGGGUAACCUUAUACUGUAGCAGGAGGGGGGUAACCUUAUACUGUAGCAGGAGGGUAACCUUAUACUGUAGCAGGAGGAGGGUAACCUUACACUGUAGCAGGAGGGGUAACCUUAUACUGUAGCAGGGGGAGGGUAACCUUAUACUGUAGCAGGAGGGGGGUAACCUUACACUGUAGCAGGAGGGGUAACCUUAUACUGUAGCAGGAGGGUAACCUUAUACUGUAGCAGGAGGAGGGUAACCUUACACUGUAGCAGGAGGGGUAACCUUAUACUGUAGCAGGAGGGGGGUAACCUUACACUGUAGCAGGAGGAGGGUAACCUUACACUGUAGCAGGAGGGGUAACCUUAUACUGUAGCAGGAGGGGGGUAACCUUACACUGUAGCAGGAGGGGUAACCUUAUACUGUAGCAGGAGGGUAACCUUAUACUGUAGCAGGAGGAGGGUAACCUUACACUGUAGCAGGAGGGGUAACCUUAUACUGUAGCAGGAGGGUAACCUUAUACUGUAGCAGGAGGAGGGGUAACCUUACACUGUAGCAGGAGGGGGUAACCUUAUACUGUAGCAGGAGGGUAACCUUAUACUGUACUAGGAGGGGUAACCUCAUGCCAGUAGCAGUAACCUGCGAGUUACUUAGGUAUUAACACUGGACUGGUUAUGCUGUUGUUACCCAGGUUUAGUUGUUCAAUUAAAUGAAUGUGAACAUUGUUUUCUUAAUGUAUAGUUGUUAUAGUUUACAUUGUAAAUGGAUCCUUUAUCAAACUGACCAUUUCUUGAUUCCUAAAGCAAGGGCUUUAAAAUAGUGUGUGUGUGUGUGUGUGGUGUGCGCGCGUGUGGUGUGCGCGCGUGUGGUGUGCGCGCGUGUUGUGCGUGUGUGGAGGCUGCGAUAAACAUUUGGUCAAAUGGUUUAUGGAGGAGUGUCUUGUGUAUUACAUACAAUCAUCGUGUGUACAUAGUCCAGCUUCACAAUACAUCUUGUGCUGUUCAAGUACUGUGCACGGCUGCAUACUUUCAUUUUUAUAGAUCAUAUCAUGUUCAUACUUAACAAUCUUCUUGUAUUGCUAGGUAUGAUUUGUAUAUAAUUAAUGUUGUAAGAUAGCUUAAUAAAUUAAUUUAUGUU